CUGUUGUGAGUUUUUCGAUCGAAACAAUGAACGGGCUCAUCUGCUCGUAACGUGCUGCUGCUGCUGUUGCUGUUUCACGGGUACAUCCGGAAUCGAAACUCCGACUCCGGCCACUAGAAACUGCACCAACGUCUGUUUGCAUUCCCUUUAGUAGUGAAUCACCGGGUGUUCCUGUAAAUAGCCCCCCUCCCCAUCGCCACCCAGUGUCUUCAGCUUGUGAUUGCCGAAAGAAAACUCCGGCUCCGGCAUCCCGAAAAAAAGGGGAUUGAUCGAUAUAGAACGUGCGAGGAGAGUGCAAAGAAUUGAUUUUCCUUACCAGCGAGCCAGCGUGAUUGUAUGUGUGUGUCGGUACGCUAGUGGUGCAUCGGCAGUGCAGUCACCCUCGUUAGCCGGCUGCAAACGGUGGCAUUUGGCACAUUAGAACCCUCCCCUUCAUCUCCCCACAUACAUACACGCACACAGCCACUGCAGCUGCAAUCAUCAAACUGCUCUUCAUUGUGCAUGAAAUAUAGGGCAUCACCAGGGCAGGGGGGAUAGCAUUUCUACCAAAUAUCCUACACGACAGCUGCAAACGGGGGGCGAACGUAUCUCACCCGGCAAACGAAUCUGAACUUUCCCGAGCCCGAAACGUCCUAACUAAAAGCGGCAAACUGACCGGAAGCAGGGUUGGAAACAUGCUGCUCACGUUCCAAGACCGGCUGCGUAUACCGUGGCGCGGUGGCGCAAAGCAGAUUACGCUCGACAAUGUGGUGACGCUGGCGAUACUGAUCGGAACGCUGCUGCUGACCGCGGUACACUUCUAUCUUUGCCUUGUCAUCAUGCUUCUACUUCCCCUGGUAUUGCUGUACCUAAAGCGGCUCUUCGGAACGAUCCAUCCCAAGACAAAGUUUUUCACGAUUUGGUUUUUCGGUAGCUGCGUGUAUCUGGUCGCACUGUUCGAGCUGGCCGUACCGUUGUUGGAAAUUUUGCCCCAAGAAAACGUUGGCUUCGUCGUGCUGAUGACGCUCGCUUUUCUCUGUUUGCUGAAGGCGAAGCAGCGGGCCGUGCUGAACCAUCUCUCUGCCCUGCCGGCGGACAUGAACGGUGUAGAAAGCGGCAAGGGAAGCAAGGAACAGAUUGUGCUGUUCUCCGACCGCGACGAUUCGGACGAUGGGGCGACCGAUUCGGACAGUGGACGGUUGGCGUGCCAGCUGUGCCGGAAGUAUGUGCCACCGAGAACGUACCACUGCAAGGUUUGCUCGAGCUGUGUGCUGCGGCAGGAUCAUCACAACGUGUGGCUGAACUGCUGCAUCGGCAAAUCGAACCAUCGGCUGUAUCUGGCGGGCUGCCUCUUUACGCUGCUGGCGUUGCUGGUGUUUGCCAAUCUGGCGCUGACGGCGGUGUGUCAUCCGACGCCAAUCUUUACGCUGUACGGGAUCAUCGUGAUGAUGCCGGACGACUGUACCGAUAUCUUUUUCCAGUAUGACAUUGCACUGUGCUUUACGGGUUCGGUGUACGCACUAAUAAUGGCAUCGUUUAUUGCUAUCGCUAUAGUGAAACAGAUCUGCUUCAUCUCAUUCGGCCUCUCGUUCAGCGAAUGGCGUCGCAGAGAGCACGUGAAGCGACGGAAUUGUCUGUGGAAUUGGAAAGCGUUCUGCUUUGGCCAGUAAAACUUAACCAGAGGCGCAAAGGACAGUCUACCAGACUUGGGCGCAGGUGCAGUGUGUCUGACUGCAAAACUUCCGUUUGAGUUUGUUUUAUAUCAUAUCCUUUCCCGCGCACAUUCGUGUGUGUGUGUGUUUGUGAACUAUUUUUAGCCAAAGGAAACCAAACUUGUUCGUAAGUUGUUCUUAUCGAUAGUAUUUCGGUAGUAGAGAGAGAUAGAGAGACAGUUGCGGUAGAGAGGGGAUAGAACUCCCAAUUCCAUAAGGAUUUGUUUCCCGUUUGUUUCGUUUUCGGUUUGCACACAUCCAGUGUACUUGUGGGUGUUGUAGGGUGGAGUUAAUCUCACGUUAUUUAAUUAAUGUAAGCAUAUUUGCUACCGAUAACCACUCACCAUUAUUGCCACUGCUCCCACAAGUGAUUAGAAAGCGGUAUAUCAAGAGCCGCCGAAAGAGGUGUUUCGUUAGAAAAGCCAUUUUAUUACCAACUUAUGAGGCCACAACACGCGCGGAGAAGUAGUGAAGCUUCUAUCCGCACAUUUUUUUUCCCCUCUUCUUGUUGCAAGUUCGAACCUAGCCGUAGAACCAGUAGUAGGAACUAGUGAUGGGUAAAGUUGACAAAAAUCCGGAGCCGACUCCGGAAGGUAGGUCCGCCCAGCAUUACCCGGAGCCGGUUGGAAUCAUCCCGGAGCCGCUCGGAGUCAUCCGAAGUUGUCUGAAGUCGUCUGGAGAUAUCCGGAGUCGUCCGGAGUUAUCCAGAGUUAUCCAGAGACGUCUGGAGUCAACGAAGUCGGUCGAAUAUGGUCGAAUAGGAAAUCCGAAAUCAAAUGCCUCCGGACGACUUCGGACGACUUCGAACGAUGCCGGACAACACCAGACAACUCCGGACAACUCCAGACAACUCCGGAAGACUUCUGACGACUCCAGACAACCCCGAACGACUCCAGACAACUCCGGACAACUCCGGACGACUCUGCCUCCGGAUAGCUCCAAACGACUCGAGACCACUCCGCAAGACUCCAGCUCCAGGCGGAACCAAUGGUUCCGAUUUUGCCGGUGUCGGAAUCGCACUUACAAUAGCCAGAGUCGGAUCGGAGUUCGAGUGUGCGCUCCAGACAGCACACCACUAGUAGGAAACCUAAAAUGCUUAGAUUCCAUCCGUGGAAAAGGCGUGCUUGCACACAAUUUCGAUCGGGGCGUGAUUUACUAACAUGAAAUGUUACAAUGAUGAUAAGUAGGAUAAGAAACGCACAAUAAACUUUGAAAUUCUUUAACUUA